AACACACGCAGUGGAGUCGUUAGUACCGUGCGGAGCUCUGUAAGCAGCGCUGUGACAGCAUCGGCCGAUUCUUCGAGGACGCUGACCGUCUUCACUGUCCGAGCUUUAGGUUAAAAACAGUAAAAACAAAACCCCCAGGAGCUGAUCUGAAAACCCCAGGAUUUUAUCCCUCCUCUCCCUCCCUCCUUCCCCCGGAGUCGGCUUAUGUGACACAUUAACGUCCCGGCGGCGAAAACGAGCGAAACAUGACGGAGCUGAGGAAGCGAGGCGGAGGCGGAGGAGACCCUGACAGCACCGACAAUAUCAGCGACAAGGAGGCCGACGGUGAUGACAGGCUGGGCCUGCAAGGCGACGCAGAGGGAGAGUGCGAUGGUGACUCCAAAGCAGACACUCCAGAUGUUCCUCUCUCCACAGCAGACACAGACAACACUCCACAAUGCCUGAACAAAGCUCUGGAGGGCCUGCCGCCCAGAUGGAAGAACUACUGGAUCCGAGGGGUUCUGUCUUUAGCCAUGAUUUCAGGCUUUUUCCUCAUCAUCUACAUGGGACCUGUCACUCUUAUAUUAGUGGUCAUGACCGUCCAGAUCAAGUGUUUCCAAGAAAUCAUCACCAUCGGCUACAGAGUUUACCAUUCCUAUGACCUGCCGUGGUUCAGGACUCUGAGCUGGUACUUCCUGAUUUGCGUGAACUACUUCUUCUAUGGUGAAACCGUAGCGGACUACUUCGGGGCUCUGGUGCAGAGGGAGGAACCUCUGCAGUUCCUGGCUCGUUAUCACCGCUUCAUCUCCUUUGCUUUGUACCUCGCAGGUUUCUGCAUGUUUGUGCUGAGUUUAGUGAAGAAACAUUACCGCCUGCAGUUUUACAUGUUUGCUUGGACCCAUGUGACCCUGUUGAUUGUGGUAACUCAGUCCCACCUUGUCAUUCAGAACCUGUUUGAAGGAAUGAUCUGGUUCAUCGUCCCGAUCUCCAUCGUGAUCUGCAAUGACAUCAUGGCCUAUCUGUUCGGGUUCUUCUUCGGGAGGACUCCACUGAUCAAGCUCUCACCCAAGAAGACCUGGGAGGGCUUCAUCGGAGGUUUCUUCUCCACUGUGGUUUUUGGCUUCAUCCUGGCCUACCUCCUGUCUCAGUUCCAGUACUUUGUGUGUCCUGUGGGCUUCAACAGCGAGACCAAUGGGUUUACAGUCGAAUGUGAACCUACUGAUAUCUUUGUGAUGCAGGAGUACACUCUCCCCGCUGUGCUGCAGAACACACUGAGAUGGAAAACAGUGAACCUGUACCCCUUCCAGAUCCACAGCAUCUUCCUCUCGUCCUUCGCGUCGCUCAUCGGGCCGUUUGGCGGCUUCUUUGCCAGCGGCUUCAAGCGAGCCUUCAAAAUCAAAGACUUUGCCAGCACCAUCCCCGGCCACGGCGGCAUCAUGGAUCGCUUCGACUGUCAGUACCUGAUGGCCACCUUCACACACGUCUACAUCGCCAGCUUCAUCAGGGGACCGAACCCCAGCAAAGUGCUGCAGCAGCUGCUGAUGCUUCAGCCUGAACAGCAGCUCAGCAUCUUCCACACACUGCACUCCCACCUGAGAGAGAGGGGCAUGCUGCCCCCCGCUGCCGCCCAGGCCAAAUGAAAGGCCGCCGGCUUCACAGGGUGAUGACCGGAGAGUGUGUGUGUGUGAUGAUCUGGAAAGUUUGUGUAAGCAUGCACACACGCACAGACGCACACACUCUUAAGUAUGCCUGUAUGGUUUGUGAUGCCAGGCUUCUGUCAGAGCAUCUGUCGUCAUCCUGCCGCCUCUUCAUUCAACUUCCAACCAGCUCAACAUCACGACUUAGAACCUGAGGCGACUCUGCAGACUACGUGGAAUAACCUCGUAGUGAAGAAAAAACAAACAAA